AUCCGCAGUGUUGUUGUGGAGUCCUGCUCAGAUCUGCUCAUAGGAUUAGAUCUGGUUAAUCUUAAUCCUUCAACAGUUCCAUUUACAUUCAAAUCAUCUGGACACAUUACUAUAGAUUUCAUAAAAUUUGAUCCUGCGUACGUAGAUAGGCAGAAACUGAUCUUGGUGUUUGAGAAUGUUGAGGUUGCCACGCUCGGCUCUUUACACGUGGAUGAAGCAAUACAGAUAAAGGUUGAUAAUGUGAAACAAUUUCGUCUACUCAAAUCAACGUUCGGCCAUAUCCCAGCUGAAGGACUAAACGUUUCAAGAACUCGGAAAUUGGAAAUCAAAGACUCUAUUUUUUUGAGAGUGUACCCCAGAUCUGUAGUUGUUGAUAGAACUAAGGAAGUUGAAGUGAUAAACAAUGAAUUCAGUGUAAAUGCUUUAAAGGUGGUCUCUACAAGAGAUGGAUCCCAUCUGUUUAUCAGCUGUAACCGUCUGCUUGGACAUCCAAUAACACCAGAAUGUUUACCAACUACAACUACAACAACAACAACAACAACUACCACCACAACAACGCCAAUUAAAAAGAGUAGUGGAACCUCAUCUCAAAUACCUUCUACCUCGAGCGAACAGCGAACAGUUGACGGCGAGAUGAUUGCCGGCCUAGUUUCUGGAGUAACUGUCGUCUUCAUCGUUCUAAUCAGUACAAUUAUAAUUCUUUGCUUUAAAGAAAGACAGAGUAUAAAGCAGGAGCCUGUCCAGAUGAAUGGUCUUGAGAAGGUUGAAACUGUUGAAGUAGAAGUUGAUCCUCAACCUUCAAAUAUACCUAGACCACCUACACCACCUCCAAUGCCCAACCUAGAGUUCGAAAAUCUUCUAGGACCUGAUGUGACCGGUCCGUUUGACCGGCCAAAGUUCUCAGCUCCGAUCUGGCUGGAUGAAAUACAAAACAACAAAAUAUUCAACAAACAACGGAAUCUCCUGGGAACGGUUGAAGGUCAGUGUACCGUUGUUCUAGACGAUAUGACACCAAGGGAGAGCUCAAAAACAGAAUCAGAUCAGGAAUCCACAACUUCGGUCUAGUACACCUAGAGUUAACCUUUUUAUUCUAAAAGAAAAAGGUGUUUCGACCGGAAGUUUAGAACCAAAUCAAAAGAGAAUGAAUUUAUCGUUAUUAACCGAUAGAUAGAUCGCAGGAAACAUGUUUUUUUUCUUUUUCAAAAUAUUUACUAUUUUCAGUUUAAAAAGAUUGUAAAUCUAAUUUUAAGUAUAAGUAGAGCCAUAAACUAUUAAUUACUAUUAAAAAAGGCUCAGUAAGGGAGGACGCUCUAGUUUGUUAGCCAUAUUGAUCUCAUUUCAUUUUUACAGUUAACAUAUUUCAACCCCGUGUUAGAUUCAUAUGCGAUGAUAUGCCAUUAAACAUUUCUUCGAGAUUUUUUUUACAAAGCAAUUUGGUUUUAUUUUUAAGGGCAAAAAAACAAUAUUUUUCCUUUUUUAGGCAUAAAUUGACAAAUACAGAGUAAAGGGGAAUUAAUUAUGAUUUUGUUUCCGUAAAAGUAUGUUUACAAUUUCUUAAAACUGAAAAAUUUAUUUUCACGCGAAAGCCUAAUGCUAAAUAAUGCAUACUUACACACGCUUUCUAUCAAUUUCACAACUAAUGCAAGCUAAAAAAAUAGUCAAAUAAAUUUCAAUCAUAAAAAAUAUUAAUUUUAAAAUUCACUUAACCGUGUUUUACUAAAAGUUAGAAGGUUGUUUUAAUUUGAACUUUUUCCCAUUUUAAAGUAAAAGUGCCGGAUUUACGUUAAAUCCAUUUCAACAAUAGUCUAAACAAAACCUUACGCACAGUUAGACCCAGAAAACUGUAGAAUAGAAAGACGACAUUAAAGCAAUAAUAAUGUGUAUUUGAUGUUGAUACAAAGCAGAUAGUUUUACAAGCAAUUUAUUUAAUCACACUUAUUAAUGAAAUAUUUACAUCACAAAGUUGCUGUGGCUCAUGUUCAGUGGACUAUUUACAGUCAUAACUUGAGUCUAAAAGUCGUCUUUCUAUUUUAAUAUUUUUUGGUUUUCACUGUAAUUUAUUUCAAAACUGCCUUUACAUGUUGCUACUGCAUGUGCCAUUAAAAACCGUAAGCUGCCGAACUGUGUGUAGCUUCAUAUAUAGAAUGUUUAUAUGAUGUGUGUUGUGUAUAAUACAUACAAGUCAAACGGAAAUUACGAAAAUGUUUGAAUAAAAACAUUCAUAUUUUUUCCCAAAACUUUCGCACUAAUCUAGAGAAAUUUAUAUAUAUAAAAAUUUGUUUUUUUUUCAAAAUGAUCAAAAUCAUAAUUUAAUAAAUAUGAAUAUUAAUUUUUUUAACCCAUCUCUAAAUUUGUAAACAAAAUUGUGUGAACUGUAAAGUAGAAAAAACAUAUCUCCUAGUCCUAUCCUUUAAAACCAUCAUAACACGUCAAAAAUUCUUAUAAAUUUAGGGAAAAGGGACAUUUUCUAAAAGUAUACAAUAUUCUACGGUGAUUUAAACGAUUGAUAAACAAAUUUGACGUCGUCUUUGAAAUUUGAAUAUGACCAUUGUUAAAUUACGCUUCAUGUUUUUACUUUGUGCGUAAACUAAAUUAUAUCAAAGCAGGGAAAUUCACAAAUCGUGCCAAUAUUAGAUUGUCCCUUUUCUUUUUAUAAAUUUUAUGUAGUUUAAAGGGACUUUAACCGUAACUUCGAUCUAGGGACUCUUCAUUCAAAGUAACCUUGACACCUUAAUCUGAACUUAGAUGUGGAAUAUAAUGCUGUUUUUCUUAAAGGGAGUGAUCGCUACUAAUUAUACUUUCAUCUGUUGCUUCUGUAAGGAGAACACUCCCUUUAAUCUGAACUAAGAUGUGGAAUAUAUCGCUGUUUUCCUUGAUUAAAGAGUGUUCAACUCUGAUAAAUUCUCAAUUGCUUCUUAUCAAAUCAGACAAGCAAGAAAUUCGCAGAAAAUACACAAAUAUAAAAAAACAGUUUAAAUGAACAAAAAUAUUUAAACUUGAUCAGAUAAAGCUUUAAAGGGUACCGUUGUAAAUUGUACAUCAUGUCAUCUUUGUAUUGAUGGUCAGUUGAAAUUAUGCUUAUAAUCCCUUUAAAUGUUAUUGUGAACUAAAUAUUAAACCAUGAU